UCUGGCACAGUUAAGGCGAAGCAGGCGAGAGCGCUCGCCCAAGAUGGCUUCCCGGGGCGGGCGCCUCGUACCGAGGUGGCGAGGCCUCAUUCGCUAGUCUGGCGCUGUCUUGUUCUGCGCAUGUGCUAUGCCACGCCCUGACGCAGGCGCAGACACCUAUUGCGUCUAUGAUCCGGACGCCAGAUAGAGCGUCCUCACGCCUGGCUGAAACUCUAUGGUUGUUAGGGCGUGAAGAUAGUCGGCGUAUAUAAGGCCAGCGCGGGCGUGAGAUCGCCUCUUUGCCUUCGGCGCGCCGCCCAAGAUCCUGGUGUCGCCAUGGGCCGCCGCCCCGCUCGGUGUUACCGGUAUUGUAAGAACAAGCCGUACCCCAAGUCUCGUUUCUGCCGAGGGGUCCCUGAUGCCAAAAUUCGCAUCUUUGAUCUGGGGCGGAAGAAGGCAAAAGUGGAUGAGUUCCCGCUCUGUGGCCACAUGGUAUCUGAUGAGUAUGAGCAGCUCUCCUCUGAAGCCCUGGAAGCUGCCCGUAUUUGUGCCAAUAAGUACAUGGUGAAAAGCUGUGGCAAAGAUGGCUUCCAUAUCCGGGUGCGGCUCCACCCCUUCCAUGUCAUCCGCAUCAACAAGAUGCUGUCCUGUGCUGGAGCUGACAGGCUCCAGACAGGUAUGCGGGGUGCCUUUGGAAAGCCUCAGGGCACCGUGGCCAGGGUCCACAUUGGCCAGGUCAUCAUGUCCAUCCGCACCAAGCUGCAGAACAAGGAGCACGUCAUCGAAGCUCUGCGUAGGGCCAAGUUCAAGUUCCCUGGCCGCCAGAAAAUACAUAUUUCCAAGAAGUGGGGCUUUACCAAGUUUAAUGCAGAUGAAUUUGAAGACAUGGUAGCCGAGAAGCGCCUCAUUCCAGAUGGCUGUGGUGUCAAGUACAUCCCAAACCGAGGCCCCCUGGACAAAUGGCGGGCCCUGCACUCCUGAGAGCAAGAGCUGCCCUUUGGUGAUGCAAAUAAAGAUUGCAUUCUUAACUA